CGCAACCAACACCAUACCACACCACCUAGCACAACCCAACACCAAAUACCAUCACCCCACUAGCACAACCAACACCAGUACCCACCACCCCACUAGCACAACCCAACGCCAUACCACCACCACCCCAAGCACAACCAACACCAAUACCACCACCCCACUAGCACAACCAACACCAUACCACCAACCCACUAGCACAACCAACCAUACCACCACCACCACUAGCACAACCAACACCAGUACCACCACCCCCCCUAGCACAACCAACACCA